AUGGGUGUGGUGGCCAACAUGUACACUAUCCUGCACAUCAAAGGCAAGAAGCACGUGUCAGCCACCGAGAACAGCUUUUAUAAGGGUGACAACUUCCUCCUGGACCUGAGCAAGGUGAUGAUCCAGUGGAAUGAGUCCAGUAUCAGCAUUUCCGAGAAGGCACGGGUCAGUGUCUGGGAACCAAGGGGUGCAGGACUUAGCGAGAGGGGUGGUCAUCCAGGUACCCAUCCUCCACCCACCCUAAGUGUGGGCUUGGGUCUCCACUACAACCUGAGAGGUGCUCUCCCACAGAGGCUGGCCCUGAUCUGCAGCUUUUGCCACAGGGAGCAUGGUGGUCAUGCCCAGACUGGUGUGGUAGAUGAUGAGGUCAAAGCUGCUGACCUCGUGCAGAUCAUGGAAGUUGUGCUGGGCUGCAGAACCUGCAACCUGCACACUGCCAUGCUCAACAAGAUUUCACAGCUGCAGAAGGCCAAAGACUGCUACAUCCUGGACCCGGAGUUGGUCGCAGGAGUUGGGGGGAGGGGGACUUCGGAGAAGUCGGUAGUGACAAACCAGCCCUUUGAGCUGGUCGUAAUGAGCUCGGUUAACGCUGCUCAGGCUCGGCGGCCCUGCAGCUCCUGCGGCAGGGGGCCCUCGGGCCGCGCGCCUGACGGAGCCCCCGGCCCACCCCAAAAUGACGGCGGCGAGCACCGGCACCGAAGCCACUGCCUUCAAGCAGCUCUUCCAGACGUGGUCUUAGAGGCAGCUCUGCAACCGGGACUGGGCGUGGCUGGUGAGUGGAUUCCUGUGUGGCUACACGUGCAAAAGCUACACAGCCAGCCCGAGCUAGCGGCCUCACUCGGGGUGGUGGACGACGGCUCCGGGAAGGUGGAGAGGCAGCCCAUGGACCCCGGGCAUCAUAAUCAGGUAUGUACAGGUAACUGCUACCUUAUCCUCUACACAUAUCAGAAGAUGAGCCGCAUCCAGUACAUCCUGUACCUGUAGCAACUGCACCUGGCCCUCACCACCCCCACCUGCAGGGCCACCGCACAGAAGAUCAAGGGCCUGAACUGCAAUGCUGAGGAGCUAGGCCUCCUGUGCCAUGAAGCGCUGGGGCAGGGUCAUGUUACCACGGGCAGUGAGCCCCCUUACUUCCUUGCCGUUCUUCAGGGCCAGCUGGUGGUCUCUCGGGGCAGCACUGGACACAGUGGGGAGGAGCAGCUAGUAUCCACCAUACGGCCUCACGUACAGGGCACCGACAGCUACAAUACUGAGACCAACUCCAGGGGCAUCAUCUUGCUGGUCACAGCUGGCAUCUGCUACCUAUGGUUUGGGACAGUACCCCCAGCCCUGAUCGCUUGCCUCAUGCCUGGGGCAGUGGUACCAGGGCUGCAGGGUGACCAGCGUGCGGUGGUGUAGAUGGUGUUCUCUGUCAUCUCUGGGAAGAACAAAGGAACCGCGGUGGAGGGUCAGGCACCUCUUUGCCUCUCAGAGGCCCUCGGGGCAGCUCCCUACCCCAGCGACAGGAGGAUCCCUGAGGAUGUCACCAGCUCCCAGCCAUGACUGUUUGAGUGCUUCAGCCAGUAGGGCUACCUGGUCCCCAUGGGGGUGGUGCUCUAAGAGGACCUGGACAAGUAUGUUUUGUUACUGGACAUGUGUGUGAAGGGGGCAGGGGGUGGCCAGGUCUUCCUGUGGCUCAGGGAAGCUGUGUGGAAGAAGGAGGUGAUGGCCUGGGGCCAGGAGUACCUGCAGACCCAUCCAGAGAGAAGCGUGGCUACGCCCAAUGUGCUGGUCAGGCAGGACCACGAGCCUCCCACCUUCACCAGAUGCCUCCUCAACUGGGACCCCUACAAGUGGACUGUGAGUGAGGUCUGUAAGUCAACAACAUCCCAAUGGCCAAGCCAUGGCAGGGCAGGCCCCUUGACCCUACAGGCCACCAAGGGCUCCUAGCACAGUUCACAGACCCAGCUGGAGCCAGGCCCCAGGGCGGGUGGGAGGAGCAGCCCCAGCAGCCCCAGGUCUGUGGACAUGAGGGGCCUGCCCCAGGAACAGCUGAUGCACCAGGCCGAGGAGGACCUGCUGGAAGGCGUGGACCCAGCCCACAGGAGGUGGUUCUCUCUCUCAGACUCUGACUUCCAAGGUAUCUUUGGGAAGUCCAAGGAGGAAUACAGUAUGGCCAAGUGGAAGCAGCAGUGGGAGAAAAGGCAGCCUGGCUUCUUCUGGCCCUGCCAGGGCCCCCACAGAGCCACGAUCCCUGUGGGGGACUCCCCCACACAUACCUGAGCCCCUGAGGAGCCCCCACCUGCCUGCCCUGCUCAGAGGGGCCAGGGUCACCAGCACUGCCUUGUCAGUAAAAGCCUGUGGCCCUCACAAGGUGUGUGCGGGCCGUCUAGUCUGGACCACUCAGAGGCCCACCACUAGGGGACAGGGCCACUGGGGC